CUCUGGUGUGCGUGCGUGUGGUUCUACAGAGUCGAGGUGGUGGUCUCAAGAACGAUGAUGUCCAAUCCGUUGGCGUAUCCCGAGCUGAGACCGGCGAGUGGAGCCAAAUCAAACCUGUCUCGGUGCGAGACAACCACGGAUAACAUGGCGAAGCUCGAACAGACCAACUCCGGUGAAGUUGUCACAUACCUGUUCCCCGACUGUCACUUGCUGAACAAUAUCUAUUCCAAGGAGGAGUUCAGGUUUGUCGACAUAACAGGAUUCGAGAUCUAUAUAGUGGAGCAAUGGGCCUGUGAGCGCAAGUACUGCAACGUUAUAACCGUGUUCACCGGUGAUUCUGAGCAUAAAGUACAGUGUGCGCAGGUAACGUUGCCCAAGGAUCGCUCCACAUGGAGUGAAAAGAUACUCCACUUCUUCAAAGAGGUUGAACUCAACGGUGGAAGCUUGAAGGAAACUGAAAAGGGACUUGUCUUCAUUACAAACUUGUCCUCUGUGCCUUCGAAUUUGAACCUGGUGCCUGUGUCCAAUGGCUGUGUCAUGGAUGUCUGGGAGUGCUUCAAGGUGAACGUCAAUAUGAAAAGAAUGAACUGUGGUGGAAGAUCUGCCCUGCUAUUAUGUUCUCCAUCAGACGCCUGUGAGGACAAAUUCCGUCAAGUCUACAAGACACAUCCAACGGUGGAUAUCAUGUACUCUGUUAGAGAAUUGGUCAUGCUUCUACAGAUCUGUCUCGUCGAUUUCAAGCUCUUGGACCCGGUGUUUGUUGAUGGCCUAUUGUGCAACAAGACCGAGGAGAAUAUCACAAAAUGGUGGGUUAUGUACGGUGCACUGUACUAUGGUGUUCAGCCAAAGGAACGGACUUUGGGCCCGAUGACAGUAUCUGCUAUAUUGGGAUUCGUAUUGAGCUGUCAUUACAGAUUUGAUAUGGCCUCUAUCGAUUUCCCUAAGGAGCCAUUCAACUACUUCAGUUUUAGAGUCAUUGUUGGUAAAUUCCAAAAACAAUAUAACCUACAGAGAACCUGGUAUUUGGAUCCAGCAACCGUUGAGAAACUGUUUAAAGUCACUUCCAAGACGUCAGCGUCCGAUAUAUCCAAGCUGAAGAAUGUUGUUAAAUCCAGAGUCCAUGAUAUAUCAGGUAAGACGUCGUCAGAGAGGAUUGCACAGGACGUGCUAACCACUGACUUGGAAAGAGCCAUCAGAUACUUCCAUUGUAGUCCAAGAUUAGAGUACCUUUGGUUUGGGAAGGGUAAUCCGAUGGAUUUGAAGCAGUUUGAAUACUAUGAAAGAAUUCAAGCUCAAAUGACAACUGCGUCAGCAUUGAAAAGCGGUGUUGGUAAGAUUAGAAACUUUCCAAAGAGAUUACAAGUGGAUGACUACAUGAUCCGCAGAAAGGGAUAUAAAGGCUCGUCUGAUUACAAGAGCAGUGAAAGCGCAAGUGUUGAUAAUCUGUGCCAAGUGCUAGAUGAGACAAAGCACAAGGAAAACGUUGGCAAACGUGUUAUAUGCGACGAUGACGUUUGCAAGAAAGAGCUGAAAAGACGCUCAUCAUACCCAUUUAUUAGAGAUGAGUUAACUGUUGAGCAGUUGGGUUAUACAAACCAUUCGACGAAUUUGGACGACAGACAAUGGGAGGAAAAGUUAUUGAGACGUUGCAAAUCAACAUCUUUUAUAAGCGACUCGGUACUCCCGUGGUGUACCACGGUCUCUCCUAUCUUUGUUGCACAUCAAUUGAAACGGCUUGAAUGGAAGUUGUUGUAUUCCAAAGAGUGUGCUGAAGCUGUUGACAGUCAAAGAAAGAAAUACCAUGAACAAUGGGAAAGGUGUCAUACUAAACUGACGAGAGUUGGUCACUUUGCUAAGCCUGUUUUCAACAAGUGUGAGUCACAGGUGAACAACGACCAGAGGUUACACUUGGGUAUCAACGACAUAAGGGCUCUUGGAUCACGGUUAGAGUAUGAGAUGAGACUGCUCGGAACUAGAGUUAGAGAUGCACAAGAGAGUGUCAAUGGAUUUGAGUUGAAGAUUAAACAGUUCGAAGACGCUAUAAGGAUGGAAGAGUAUGGGCAAGUUGUUGAUCCAAAUGAUAACAAUUCUAGUGAUUUAGAGGACAGGAACAAUGGGUAUUGGCAUUAUAGGUUUGACGUACAAAGGGUCAAGCGCAUUUGGGGCAUUAUUGAGCAGUUUACACCUGUUAAGUGGUUAAUAGGUGCGUCUUUGGACCCAAAAAGGGAGCAAAAGGAGGAAUGACAUGGUGUACACACUAUUUAUUAAACGUUGAUAUAUCCUUGUCU